GCGCGCGGGGGCCCGGCCACUUGGAGCAGCUCUGCCGCGGGGACUGCACUGCCCGCCCUGCCAGACCCGCCCCGACCAGGGCUCGUCGUCGCCAGCAGCCACAGCACAGCGACCUCGGGCCCCACGCCGGCUAUGGCUGCUUGCCGGGCCUGAGCCCGCAGGCUGUGUGACCGAGAUUCCUGACGAGGGAGACUGAGAGGAAGAGAAGAAGGAGGGGCGGGCUCCUGGCAAGGCAUUCUCUCUGGAAUAGAGUCCUGCAAAGAUGGAAAAGGAGGAGGAGACAACCAGGGAGCUGCUGCUGCCCAACUGGCAGGGCAGUGGCUCCCAUGGGCUGACCAUUGCCCAGAGGGAUGAUGGAGUCUUUGUACAGGAGGUGAUGCAGAAUUCCCCUGCGGCUCGCACUGGAGUGGUCAAGGAGGGGGACCAGAUUGUGGGUGCCACCAUCUACUUUGACAACUUGCAGUCAGGUGAGGUGACCCAGCUGCUGAACACCAUGGGACAUCACACUGUUGGCCUAAAGCUGCACCGCAAGGGGGACCGUUCCCCCGAACCUGGCCAGACCUGGACCCAUGAAGUCUUCAGCUCCCGUAGUUCUGAGGUGGUUCUGAGCGGGGAUGAUGAGGAGUACCAGCGCAUCUAUACCACAAAGAUCAAGCCUCGGCUGAGGUCGGAGGAUGGAGUGGAAGGGGACCUGGGAGAAACCCAGAGCCGCACCAUCACAGUGACUAAAAGAGUCACAGCCUACACCGUGGAUGUGACUGGUCGAGAAGGAGUCAAGGACAUCGACAUCAGCAGCCCAGAGUUCAUGAUCAAGAUUCCAAGGCAUGAAGUGACUGAAAUCUCCAAUGUGGAUGUGGAGACCCAGCCUGGGAAGACAGUGAUCAGACUGCCCUCGGGAUCGGGGGUAACCUCUCCAAUCACAGGCUCUGCCGUGGACAUCCAGGCAGGGGCCAUUUCCGCUUCAGGACCAGAGCUCCAAGGUCCUGGCCACUCAAAAUUUCAGGUCACCGUGCCUGGGAUAAAGGUGGGAAGCCCGGGUGUCAAUAUCAGUGCAAAAAGCUUGGACUCGGGUGGCAAAGGAAGGGUCCAAGUUCCAGGAGUGGACAUUUCCUCUUCUCUUGGGGGUGGGGCAGUAGAGGUGCAGGGCCCAUCCUUACAGAGUGGUGAUAUUGGGAAAAUUAAAAUUCCUACCAUGAAGAUGCCAAAAUUUGGUGUCUCAGCAGGCCCCGAGGGCCAGGCACCGGAGGCAGGGCUGAAUGUUUCUGCACCAGAAUUCUCUGUGGGGCACAAGGGUGACAAGCCAGCCUUGAUCGUUGGUGGGCACAUCCAGGCCCCUCAUGUGGAAGUCAGUGCCCCUUCUGCCAGUGUUAAGGGGCUUGAGGGGAAGCUGAAGGGUCCCCAAAUCACUGGGCCAUCACUUGAGGGUAAUUUAGGCAUGAAAGAUGCAAAGCUGCAGGGGAACAUAGGAAUGGAUACCUAUGCUCCCAAAAUUGAGGGUGGCUUCACUGGUCCCAGUGUGGAAGUUCGAGCCCCUCAUGUUGAUGUUCAUGGGCUAGGGGGCAAACUGAAUGUGCCUGAGAUGAAAGUCCCUAAAUUCUCUGCGCCAGGUUCAAAGGGAGAGGGAGCUGGCAUUGAUGUGACAUUGCCCACAGGUGAACUGACUCUUCCUGGAGUCUCUGGGGAGGUCAGCCUGCCUGAGAUUGCUGUUGGUGGGCUAGAAGGAAAGAUGAAGGGUGAUAAAGUCAAGACUCCUGAAAUGAUCAUUCAGAAACCUAAACUCUCCAUGCAAGAUGUGGAUCUGAGCCUUGGGUCCGGCAAACUGAAGGGAGAUAUUAAAGUAUCUGCUUCUGAGGUGAAAGGUGACGCUAAAGGCCCUCAGGUGGCAGUUAAAGGCCCCCGAGUGGACAUAGAGACACCAAACCUAGAGGGGACUGUGACAGGCCCCAAGCUCAGUGGUCCUGGGAAACCAGAAACCUGCAGGAUCUCUAUGGCAGACGUAGACUUAAAUGUGGCUUCACCCAAAGGGAAAGGGGGUAUAGAUGUCAUACUCCCAAAAGUAGAAGGGAAAGUCAGAGUCCCUGAUAUUGAUGUCAAAGGCCCCAAAGUGGAUGUCAGUGCCCCAGAUGUGGAAGUUCAUAGCCCAGAAUGGAACCUGAAAAUGCCCAAGAUGAAGAUGCCCAAGUUCAGUGCUCCAGGAGUCAAAGGAGAAGGCCCAGAUGUAGAUGGGACUCUACCUAAAGGAGAUAUCAGUAUUUCAGGGCCUAAGGUCAAUGUAGAAACCCCAAAUGUCAAUGUGGAAGGUCUGGGAGGCAAACUUAAAGGCCCUGAUAUUAAGCUCCCUGAAGUAACUGUCAAGACUCCAAAGAUACCUGAUGUAGACGUGCAUGUUAAAGGUUCAAAGGUGAAGGGAGAGUAUGAGGCAACAGUGCCAAAGCUUGAGGCCGAACUGAAAGGCCCCAAAGUGGACACUGAUACCCCAGAAGUAGAUGUGCAUGGCCCCGAUUGGCACCUGAAGAUGCCCAAAAUGAAAAUACCCAAAUUCAGUGUUCCAGGGAUCAAAGCAGAGAGCCCAGAAGUCGAGAUGAACCUGCCCAAGGCUGAUGUGGACAUUUCUGGGCCUAAGGUAGAGGUCAGUGCUCCAGAUAUAAGCAUUGAGGGAGCAGAAGGAAAAUUGAAAGGGCCCAAGUUUAAAAUGCCUGAAAUGAAUAUCAAAGCUCCGAAGAUCUCCAUGCCAGAUGUGGACUUACACUUGAAAGGCCCCAGUGCAAAGGGAGAAUAUGAUGUUACAGUGCCAAGGGCUGAAGGUGAGCUUAAAGUUCCUGAUGUUGAACUUAAAAGUGCCAAAUUGGACAUUGAUGUCCCAGAUGUGGAUGUUCAAGGCCCAGACUUGAAGAUGCCCAAGAUGAAAAUGCCCAAGUUCAGCAUGCCAGGCUUCAAAGGAGAGGGUCCAGAAGUGGAUGUGAACCUCCCUAAGGCCAACGUUGAUGUCUCAGGACCGAAAGUGGAUGUUGAAGUUCCAGAUGUGAAUAUAGAAGUACCUGAAGGAAAGCUGAAGGGUCCCAAGCUUAAGAUGCCAGAGAUGAAUAUCAAAGCUCCAAAGAUCUCCAUGCCUGAUGUGGAUUUGCAUAUGAAAAGUCCCAAGGUCAAAGGAGAGUAUGAUGUCACAAUGCCAAAGCUGGAAGGGGACUUGAAAGGCCCCAAAAUAGAUGUCAGUGCUCCAGAUGUUGAUGUUCAUGGUCCUGAUUGGAACUUGAGAAUGCCAAAGAUUAAAAUGCCCAAAUUCAGCAUGCCCAGUCUCAAAGGAGAAGGCCCAGAAUUGGAUGCAAACGUGCCUAAGGCUGAUGUAGACAUUUCUGCACCAAAGCUAGAUAUUAGUCCUCCAGAUCUGAACCUUGAAGGACCAGAAGGGAAGUUGAAAGGUCCCAAGUUUAAGAUGCCUGAGGUGCAUUUCAAGGCCCCAAAGGUGUCUCUGCCAGAUGUUGACUUGGAUCUUAAAGGACCCAAAAUGAAAGGAAAUAUAGAUAUAUCAUCACCAAAAAUAGAAGGAGAGAUGACAGUUCCAGAUGUGGACAUCAAAGGUCCUAAGGUAGAUAUUAAAGCACCAGAUGUGGAAGGCCAAGGCCCAGACUGGAGUUUGAAGAUGCCGAAGAUGAAAAUGCCCAAGUUCAGUAUGCCUUCUCUCAAAGGUGAGGGCCCAGAUGGGGACGUGAACCUGUCCAAGGCUAGCAUUGAUGUCUCAGGACCUAAAGUUGACAUUGAAACCCCAGAUGUGAACCUUGAGGGACCAGAAGGAAAGCUGAAGGGUCCCAAAUUUAAGAUGCCUGAGAUGCACUUUAAGGCUCCCAAGAUCUCCAUGCCUGAUGUGGACUUGAACUUGAAAGGCCCCAAAGUCAAAGGAGGAGAUCUGGAUGUGACUGUGCCCAAGGUAGAAGGUGAAAUAGAAGUGCCAGAUGUGGACAUCACGGGGCCAAAAGUAGACGUCAGUGCCCCAGAUGUGGGUGUUCAUGGUCCAGAUUGGCACCUGAAGAUGCCCAAGAUGAAAAUGCCCAAGUUCAGCAUGGCUGGCCUCAAAACAGAGGGCCCUGAAGUAGAUAUGAGCAUACCCAAGUCUGACAUCGAUGUCUCAGGGCCCAAGGUGGACCUUGAGACCCCAGAUGUGAGUCUUGAAGGGCCAGAAGGGAAGCUGAAGGGCCCCAAGUUUAAGAUGCCUGACAUGCACUUCAAGGCCCCCAAGAUCUCCAUGCCUGAUGUGGACUUGCAUCUUAAAGGGCCCAAAGUAAAAACAGAUGUGGAUGUGUCUUUACCCGAGGUAGAAGGUGAAAUAAAAGUGCCAGAUGUUGGCAUUAAAGGGCCUAAAGUUGGCAUUGAUGCUCCAGAUGUGGACGUUCACGGCCCAGACUGGCACCUAAAGAUGCCUAAGAUGAAAAUGCCCAAGUUUAGCAUGCCUGGCUUCAAAGGAGAAGGUCCAGAAGUGGACAUUAAUCUUCCUAAGGCCAACAUUGAUGUCUCGGGACCCAAGGUGGACAUUGAUGCUCCAGAUGUGAAUAUCGAAGGUCCAGAUGCAAAAAUAAAAAGCCCCAAAUUUAAGAUGCCAGAAAUGAAUAUAAAGCCUCAGAAGAUAUCCAUGCCAGAUGUUAGCUUGAAUUUGAAAGGCCCUAAAGGGAAAGGAGAUUAUGAUGUCUCACUUCCAAAAGUAGGAGAGAUAAAACCUCCUGCUGUUGACAUCAAGGGCCCCAAAGUAGACAUUAAUGCACCAGAUGUGGAAGUUCAUGGCCCAGAUUGGCACCUGAAGAUGCCUAAGGUCAAAAUGCCCAAGUUCAGCAUGCCUAGUUUCAAAGGAGAGGGCCCUGAAGUGGAUGUGAACCUUCCAAAGGCCAGUGUUGAUGUCUCAGGACCCAAAAUGGACAUUGAUGUUCCAGAUGUGAAUAUUGAAGCUCCAGAGGGGAAACUAAAGGGUCCUAAGUUUAAAAUGCCAAGCAUGAAUAUACAGACACACAAAAUCUCUAUGCCUGAUGUCGGGCUUAAUCUGAAAGGACCUAAACUAAAAACUGAUGUGGAUAUUUCUCUUCCGAAAGUAGAGGGAGAUUUGAAAGGUCCUGAAGUUGAUGUUAAAGCCCCUAAGAUGGAUGUGGAUGUCGGUGAUAUUGAUAUUGAAUGUCCGGAAGGAAAAUUGAAAGGCCCCAAGUUUAAGAUGCCAGACAUGCAUUUCAAGACCCCCAAGAUCUCCAUGCCUGAUGUGGACUUACACUUGAAAGGCCCCAAAGUCAAAGGGGAUAUGGAUGUGUCUGUGCCUAAAUUGGAAGGUGAAAUAAAAGUGCCAGAUGUGGACAUCAAGGGGCCAAAAGUAGACGUCAGUGCCCCAGAUGUGGACGUUCAUGGGCCAGAUUGGCACCUGAAGAUGCCCAAGAUGAAAAUGCCCAAGUUCAGCAUGCCUGGCUUCAAAGCAGAGGGCCCAGAUAUGGAUAUGAAUCUGCCUCAGGCUGACAUUAAUGUCUCUGCACCCAAGGUAGACAUUGAUGCUCCUGAUUUGGAUAUCGAAGGACCAGAAGGAAAACUGAAAGGCUCUAAAUUUAAGAUGCCCAAAUUGAAUAUCAAGGCUCCCAAGAUCUCCAUGCCAGAUGUAGACUUGAAUUUGAAAGGGCCUAAACUGAAAGGAGAGAUAGAUGCUUCUGUGCCAGAAAUGGAAGCUGAGCUCAGAGGUCCACAAGUUGAUAUCAAAGGUCCUAGUGUGGAUGUGGAAGUGCCUGAUGUUGAUCUGGAAUGUCCUGAUGCAAAGUUGAGGGGCCCCAAGUUUAAGAUGCCUGACAUGCACUUUAAGACUCCCAAGAUCUCCAUGCCUGAUGUGGACUUACACUUGAAAGGCCCCAAAGUCAAAGGUGAUAUGGAUGUGUCUGUACCAAAAUUGGAAGGAGAUUUGAAAGGGCCCAGUGUGGAUGUGGAAAUGCCUGAUGUUGAUCUGGAAUGUCCUGAUGCAAAGUUGAAGGGCCCCAAGUUUAAGAUGCCAGACAUGCAUUUCAGGGCCCCUAAGAUCUCCAUGCCUGAUGUGGACUUAAAUUUGAAAGGUCCCAAAGUCAAGGGGGAUAUGGAUGUGACUGUGCCCAAGGUAGAGGGUGAAAUGAAAGUGCCAGAUGUGGACAUCACAGGACCUAAAGUAGACAUCAGUGCUCCAGAUGUGGGUAUUCAUGGUCCAGAUUGGCACCUGAAGAUGCCCAAGAUGAAAAUGCCCAAGUUCAGCAUGCCUGGCUUCAAAGCAGAGAGCCCAGAUGUGGAUGUGAACCUGCCGAAGGCUGACAUUGAUGUCUCAGGGCCCAAGGUGGACAUUGACGUCCCUGAUGUGAGUCUUGAAGGUCCAGAAGGGAAACUGAAGGGUCCUAAGUUUAAGAUGCCUGACAUGCAUUUCAAGGCCCCCAAGAUCUCCAUGCCUGAUGUGGACUUACACUUGAAAGGCCCCAAAGUCAAAGGCGAUAUGAAUGUAUCUGUGCCAAAGUUAGAAGGAGAUUUGAAAGGGCCCAGUGUGGAUGUGGAAGUGCCUGAUGUUGAUCUGGAAUGUCCUGAUGCAAAGUUGAAGGGCCCCAAGUUUAAGAUGCCUGACAUGCACUUCAAGGCUCCCAAGAUCUCCAUGCCUGAUGUGGACUUAAACUUGAAAGGCCCCAAAGUCAAAGGAGAUAUGGAUGUGUCUGUGCCAAAGUUAGAAGGAGAUUUGAAAGGGCCCAGUGUGGAUGUGGAAGUGCCUGAUGUUGAUCUGGAAUGUCCUGAUGCAAAGUUGAAGGGCCCCAAGUUUAAGAUGCCUGACAUGCACUUUAAGGCCCCUAAGAUCUCUAUGCCUGAUGUUGAUUUCAACUUAAAGGGUCCUAAAGUCAAAGGAGACAUUGAUGUUUCAGCACCAAAGCUUGAGGGAGCUUUAAAGGGUCCUGAACUGGACAUCAAAGGCCCUAAGUUGGAUGUUGACAUGCCAGAAGUAGCCGUGGAAGGCCCAGAAGGCAAAUGGAAAAGUCCUAAGUUCAAGAUGCCAGACAUGCACUUUAAAGCUUCCAAAAUUUCUAUGCCCAACAUUGAUCUUCACUUAAAGAGUCCGAAGGUAAAGGGAGAAAUGGAUAUAGAUGCUCCCAAAUUGGAAGGAGAUCUCAAAGGGCCACAUUUGGAUGUGAGUGGGCCAGACAUUGACAUUGAAGGACCGGAGGGCAAAUUGAAAGGCCCUAAGUUCAAGAUGCCGGAGAUGAACAUCAAAGCCCCCAAGAUCUCCAUGCCUGACAUUGAUUUGCAUCUUAAGGGUCCUAAAGUAAAGGGAGAUGUGGAUGUUUCCCUGCCCAGAGUGGAAGGUGACAUCAGAGGCCCUGAAGUUGAUGUCACAGGUCCAAAAAUGGACAUUAAUGCACCGGAUGUGGGUGUUCAAGGCCCAGACUGGCACCUAAAAAUGCCUAAGAUGAAAAUGCCCAAGUUCAGCAUGCCUGGCUUCAAAGCAGAGGGCCCUGAAGUGGAUGUGAACCUUCCCAAGGCUGACCUUGAUGUCUCAGGACCCAAGGUGGACAUUGAAGGUCCUGAUGUUAGCAUUGAAGGACCAGAAGGAAAGCUGAAAGGUCCAAAGUUCAAGAUGCCGGAGAUGAACAUCAAGGCCCCCAAGAUCUCCAUGCCUGACAUUGAUUUGCAUCUUAAGGGCCCUAAGGUAAAGGGAGAUGUGGAUGUUUCCUUGCCCAAAGUGGAAGGUGACCUCAAAGGCCCCAAAGUUGACAUUAAUGCUCCAGAUAUGGAUGUUCAAGGUCCAGAUUGGCACUUGAAGAUGCCAAAAGUGAAAAUGCCCAAGUUCAGCAUGCCUGGCUUCAAAGGAGAGGGCCCAGAAGUGGAUGUGAGCUUGCCCAAGGCAGACGUCAGUGUCUCAGGACCCAAGGUGGACAUUGAAGGUCCUGAUGUUAGCAUUGAAGGACCAGAAGGAAAGCUGAAAGGUCCGAAGUUCAAGAUGCCAGAGAUGAACAUCAAGGCCCCCAAGAUCUCCAUGCCUGACAUUGAUCUUAACCUGAAAGGCCCCAAAGUGAAGGGCGAUGUGGAUGUGUCUCUGCCAAAAGUGGAGGGUGAGAUUAAAGUUCCUGAAGUUGACCUCAAAGGGCCUAAAGUGGACGUUGAUGCCCCAGAUGUGGACGUUCAUGGCCCAGACUGGCACCUGAAGAUGCCCAAGGUGAAAAUGCCCAAGUUCAGCAUGCCUGGCUUCAAAGGAGAGGGCCCAGAAGUGGAUGUGAGCCUGCCCAAGGCAGACGUCAGUGUCUCAGGACCCAAAGUGGACAUUGAUGUUCCAGAUAUGAAUAUCGAAGGUCCAGAUGCGAAACUAAAGGGCCCCAAGUUCAAGAUGCCAGAGAUGAACAUCAAGGCUCCUAAGAUCUCAAUGCCAGAUUUGGACCUUAAUCUUAAAGGACCAAAAGUGAAAGGAGAUGUGGAUGUUUCUCUUCCAAAUAUAGAGGGCGAUUUGAAAGGACCUUCUCUUGACAUAAAGGGCCCAAAGUUAGAUGUAGAUGCUCCAGAUAUUGACAUUCAUGGCCCUGAGGGCAAAUUAAAGGGUCCCAAGCUAAAAAUGCCUGAUAUGCAUGUAAACAUGCCCAAGAUCUCCAUGCCAGAAAUUGAUUUGAAUUUGAAGGGCUCAAAGCUGAAGGGUGAUGUUGAUAUCUCUGGACCCAAAUUGGAGGGUGACAUUAAAACUCCUAAAUUGGAUGUAAGGGGCCCAGAAGUGGAUAUUUCUGGUCCUAAGGUCAACAUAGAAGGAAAAUCAAAGAAAUCUCGUUUUAAGCUUCCCAAAUUUAAUUUUUCUGGAUCCAAAGUUCAGACACCUGAAGUGGAUGUCAAAGUUAAAAAGCCAGAUGUUGAUGUAACAGUUCCAAAAGUUGAUAUUAAUGCUCCAGAGGUUGAAGUCCAAGGAAAAGUGAAAGGAUCCAAGUUUAAAAUGCCUUUCCUGAGUAUUUCUUCUCCCAAAGUUUCUAUGCCUGAUGUGGAACUAAAUUUGAAAACUCCUAAAGUCAAAGGAGACUUAGAUGUAGCAGGUCCGAAUUUGGAAGGAGACUUUAAAAGUCCCAAAGUGGAUAUGAAAGCACCAGACGUUCAUCUUAAUGCACCUGAUAUGGAUGUUCAUGGUCCAGAAUGGAAUCUGAAAAUGCCCAAGAUGAAAAUGCCCAAGUUCAGUGUGUCUGGCUUAAAAGCAGAAGGGCCUGAUGUGGCUGUGGAUGUACCAAAAGGAGACAUUAACAUUCAGGGUCCCAGUAUGAACAUUGAGGGUCCAGAACUCAAUGUAGAAGGUCCAGAGGGAAGCUUAAAAGGUCCCAAAUUCAAGAUGCCUGAGAUGAACAUCAGAGCUCCAAAGAUCUCCAUGCCCGACAUUGACCUAAACCUCAAGGGCCCCAAGGUGAAAGGUGAUAUGGAUGUUUCCCUUCCCAAACUUGAAGGGGAUCUUAAAGGGCCAGAGAUUGACAUUAAAGGCCCUAAAGUGGACAUUGAUGCCCCAGAUGUGGACGUUCAUGGCCCAGACUGGCAUCUGAAGAUGCCCAAGGUGAAAAUGCCCAAGUUCAGCAUGCCUGGCUUCAAAGGAGAGGGUCCAGAAGUGGAUGUGAACCUGCCCAAGGCUGACAUUGAUGUCUCAGGACCUAAGGUGGACAUUGAAGGUCCUGACGUUAACAUCGAAGGACCAGAAGGAAAGUUGAAAGGCCCUAAGUUCAAGAUGCCAGAGAUGAACAUCAAGGCCCCCAAGAUCUCCAUGCCUGACAUUGAUCUUAACCUGAAAGGCCCCAAAGUAAAGGGCGAUGUGGAUGUGUCUCUGCCAAAAGUGGAGGGUGAUCUAAAGGGCCCUGAGGUGGAUAUUACAGGUCCCAAAGUGGACAUUGACAUUCCUGAUGUCAGCAUUGAAGGCCCAGAGGGUAAGCUGAAAGGGCCCAAAUUUAAAAUGCCAGAGAUGCACCUAAAAGCUCCCAAAAUAUCUAUGCCUGAUAUAGAUUUAAAUCUGAAAGGCCCCAAAAUGAAGGGCGAUAUGGAUGUUUCCCUCCCCCAAAUUGAAGGGGAUCUUAAAGGCCCAGAGGUUGACAUCAAAGGUCCAAAAAUGGACAUCAGUGCCCCAGAUGUCGAUGCUCAUGGCCCAGACUGGCACUUGAAGAUGCCCAAGGUAAAAAUGCCAAAGUUCAGCAUGCCUGGCUUUAAAGGAGAGGGCCCAGAAGUGGAUGUGAACCUGCCCAAGGCUGACAUCGAUGUCUCAGGGCCCAAGGUGGACAUCGAAAGUCCUGAUGUUAGCCUUGAAGGACCAGAAGGAAAGUUGAAAGGUCCGAAGUUUAAGAUGCCUGAGAUGAACAUCAAAGCCCCCAAGAUCUCCAUGCCUGAUUUGCAUCUGAAAGGUCCGAAAGUGAAGGGAGAUGUGGAUGUUUCCCUGCCCAAAGUGGAAGGUGACCUCAAAGGCCCUGAAAUUGACAUCAAAGGCCCUAAGCUGGACAUUAAUGCUCCGGAUGUAGAUGUUCAAGGCCCAGAUUGGCACCUGAAGAUGCCCAAGGUGAAAAUGCCCAAGUUCAGCAUGCCUGGCUUCAAAGGAGAGGGCCCAGAAGUGGAUGUGAACCUUCCCAAGGCUGAUAUUGAUGUCUCAGGGCCCAAGGUGGACAUUGAAGGUCCUGAUGUUAGCAUUGAAGGACCAGAAGGAAAGCUGAAAGGUCCGAAGUUCAAGAUGCCGGAGAUGAACAUCAAGGCCCCCAAGAUCUCCAUGCCUGACAUUGAUCUUAACCUGAAAGGCCCCAAAGUGAAGGGCGAUGUGGAUGUGUCUCUGCCAAAAGUGGAGGGUGAGAUUAAAGUUCCUGAAGUUGACCUCAAAGGGCCUAAAGUGGACAUUGAUGCCCCAGAUGUGGAUGUUCAUGGCCCAGACUGGCACCUGAAGAUGCCCAAGGUGAAAAUGCCCAAGUUCAGCAUGCCUGGCUUCAAAGGAGAGGGCCCAGAAAUAGAUGUGAACCUGCCCAAGGCAGACGUCAGUGUCUCAGGACCCAAAGUGGACAUUGAUGUUCCAGAUGUGAAUAUUGAAGGUCCAGAUGUGAAACUAAAGGGCCCCAAGUUCAAGAUGCCAGAGAUGAACAUCAAGGCACCCAAGAUCUCCAUGCCUGACUUUGAUUUGCAUUUGAAGGGUCCUAAGAUGAAAGGAGAUGUGGAUGUUUCUCUGCCUAAAGUAGAAGGUGAUCUAAAGGCUCCUGAAGUUGAUAUCAAAGGCCCAAAACUAGAUAUUGAUGCCCCAGAUGUUGAUGUUCAAGGCCCAGAUUGGCACCUGAAGAUGCCCAAGGUGAAAAUGCCCAAGUUCAGCAUGCCUGGCUUCAAAGGAGAGGGUCCAGAAGUAGAUGUGAGCCUGCCCAAGGCUGACAUCGAUGUCUCAGGACCCAAGGUGGAUGUAGAUGCUCCUGACAUUGACAUUCAUGGUCCAGAAGGGAAACUAAAGGGCCCUAAGUUUAAAAUGCCUGAUCUCCACCUCAAGGCACCCAAGAUCUCCAUGCCUGAAGUUGACCUGAAUCUAAAAGGGUCAAAGGUGAAGGGCGAAGUAGAUGUGUCUCUGCCAAAAGUGGAAGGAGACCUCAAAGGCCCUGAAGUUGACAUCAAAGGUCCCAAAGUGGACAUCAGUGCCCCAGAUGUGGAUGUUCAAGGUCCAGAUUGGCACCUGAAGAUGCCCAAAGUGAAAAUGCCUAAGUUCAGCAUGCCUGGCUUCAAAGGAGAGGGCCCAGAAGUGGAUGUGAACCUUCCCAAGGCUGACAUUGAUGUCUCAGGGCCCAAGGUGGACAUUGAAGGUCCUGAUGUUAGUGUUGAAGGACCAGAAGGAAAGUUGAAAGGUCCGAAGUUCAAGAUGCCUGAGUUGAACAUCAAGGCCCCCAAGAUCUCCAUGCCUGAUUUGCAUCUGAAAGGUCCGAAAGUGAAGGGAGAUGUGGAUGUUUCCCUGCCCAAAGUGGAAGGUGAUCUCAAAGGCCCUGAAAUUGACAUCAAAGGUCCUAAAGUGGACAUUAAUGCUCCGGAUGUCAACAUUGAAAGUCCAGAAGGAAAAUUACAGGGCCCGAAAUUUAAAAUGCCAGACAUGCACAUCAAAGCUCCUAAGAUUUCCAUGCCUGACUUUGACUUAAAUCUUAAAGGGCCUAAAGUAAAGGGCGAUGUGGACCUUGCACUACCUAAAGUGGAAGGUGAGCUGAAAGGACCAGAGAUAGACAUUGAGGGUCCUGAAGGAAAACUCAAAGGUCCCAAAUUUAAGGUGCCAGAUGUCCAUUUUAAAACUCCACAAAUCUCUAUGAGUGACAUUGAUUUGAACUUGAAAGGACCUAAGAUAAAGGGAGAUUUGGACAUUUCCAUUCCGAAACCAGAAGGAGAUUUGAAAGGUCCCAAAGUAGAUGUCAAAGGCCCUAAACUGGACAUAGACACUCCUGACAUUGACAUUCAUGGUCCAGAAGGGAAACUGAAGGGCCCCAAGUUUAAAAUGCCUGAUCUCCACCUCAAGGCACCCAAGAUCUCCAUGCCUGAAGUUGACCUGAAUCUAAAAGGGCCAAAGGUGAAGGGCGAAGUAGAUGUGUCUCUGCCAAAAGUGGAAGGAGACCUCAAAGGCCCUGAAGUUGACAUCAAAGGUCCCAAAGUGGACAUCAGUGCCCCAGAUGCGGACGUUCAAGGUCCAGAUUGGCACCUGAAGAUGCCCAAAGUGAAAAUGCCCAAGUUCAGCAUGCCUGGCUUCAAAGGAGAGGGUCCUGAAGUGGAUGUGAGCCUGCCCAAGGCUGACAUUGAUGUCUCAGGGCCCAAGGUGGACAUUGAAGGUCCUGAUGUUAGCAUUGAAGGACCAGAAGGAAAGCUGAAAGGCCCUAAGUUCAAGAUGCCAGAGAUGAACAUCAAGGCCCCCAAGAUCUCCAUGCCUGACAUUGAUCUUAACCUGAAAGGCCCCAAAGUGAAGGGCGAUGUGGAUGUGUCUCUGCCAAAAGUGGAAGGUGACAUCAAAGGCCCUGAAGUUGAUAUCACAGGUCCAAAAAUGGACAUUAAUGCACCGGAUGUGGGUGUUCAAGGCCCAGACUGGCACCUGAAGAUGCCUAAGAUGAAAAUGCCCAAGUUCAGCAUGCCUGGCUUCAAAGGAGAGGGCCCAGAAGUGGAUGUGAGCCUGCCCAAGGCAGACAUCGAUGUCUCUGGACCCAAGAUGGACAUUGAUGUACCUGAUGUGAAUAUUGAAGGUCUGGAUAUGAAGAUGAAAGGUCCCAAGUUUAAGAUGCCUGAGAUUAAUAUCAAGGCUCCCAAGAUCUCCAUGCCUGAUGUUGAUCUGGAUUUAAAAGGACCCAAAGUAAAAGGAGACUUUGAUGUGUCUGCUCCUAAGAUUGACGGUACUUUCAAAGGGCCUGAAGUAGACCUUAAAGGCCCAAGUCUGGACUUUGAAGGCCCUGAUGCCAAACUUAGUGGUCCUAGUUUGAAGAUGCCAUCGUUGGAUAUAUCUGUUCCUAAAGUAACUGUGCCUGAUAUUGAUUUGCAUCUCAAGACACCAAAAAUUGGAGUUUCUGGUCCGAAGUUAGAAGGUGGUGAAGUGGACCUCAAGGGGCCCAAAGUUGAUUUAGAAACUCCAAGCUUAGAUGCACACAUGGAGAGCCCAGAUAUCAGUAUUGAGGGGCCAGAUGUUAAAUUACCCAAAUUUAAGAAACCCAAAUUUGGAUUUGGUGCAAAAAGCCCUAAAACUGACAUCAAGAUGCCGUCACUUGAUGUGACAGCUCCUGAAGCUGAGCUGAAUGUUGAGGCUCCUGAAAUUAGCAUUGGUGGCAAGGGCAAGAAAAGCAAGUUUAAGAUGCCUAAAAUCCACAUGAGUGGUCCUAAAGUAAAAGCCAAAAAACAGGGAUUUGAUUUGAGUGUUCCAGGAGGUGAGAUUGACGCCAGCCUCAAGGCUCCUGAUAUGGAUGUCAAUGUUGCAGGGCCAGAUGCUGCACUCAAAGUUGACGUAAAAUCUCCCAAAACCAAGAAAACUAUGUUUGGAAAAAUGUACUUCCCAGAUGUAGAAUUUGACAUCAAAUCACCUAAAUUUAAAGCAGAGGCUCCCCUCCCUAGCCCCAAGUUGGAGGGUGAAAUCAAGGUACCUGAUGUGGAUAUUUCUUCACCAGGGAUUAAUGUGGAAGCUCCUGACAUCAAGAUGAAGGCUCCCAAGUUCAAGGUGCCAGGUGUGGAUGUCUCAGGGCCCAAAAUAGAGGGCCACUUGAAAGGCCCCAAAGUGCAGGCAAACUUGGACACACCUGACAUCAGCAUUGAAGGCUCUGAUGCGAAAAUCAAAGCCCCAUCUUUUGGCAUUUCUGCCCCUCAAGUCUCUAUACCCGAUGUGAAUGUUAACUUGAAAGGACCAAAGAUAAAGGGCGAUGUUCCCAGUGUGGGACUGGAAGGACCUGAUGUAGAUCUGCAAGGUCCAGAAGCAAGGAUCAAAUUCCCUAAGUUUUCAUUGCCCAAGAUCAGUGCCCCUGGUGUGAAAGUGGAGGGUAGGGGCCCUGAGAUCCAUGCCCAGCUGCCCUCUCUUGAAGGAGGCUUGAGCACACCAGAUGUUAAGCUUGAAGGGCCUGAUGUUUCUCUAAAAGGCCCAGGAGUGGACUUGCCUUCGGUGAACCUCUCCAUGCCAAAAGUCUCUGGGCCUGACCUUGACCUGAACUUGAAAGGACCAAGUGUGAAGGGAGAUCUGGAUGCAUCAGCUCCCAGCAUGAAGGUGCAUGCCCCAGGUCUUGACCUCAGAGGUGUUGGUGGGAAGAUACAGAUGGGAGGAGAUGGUGUGAACGUGCCAGGGAUUGAUGCCACGGCAGCACUUAAUGUUGGGGCACCAGAUGUGACGCUGAAGGGGCCGAGCCUACAGGGGGACCUUGCUGUGUCUGGUGACAUCAAGUGCCCAAAAAUAUCUGUGGGUGUUCCUGAUCUCAGCUUGGAGGCAUCAGAAGGUGGUAUCAAACUUCCUAAAAUGAAGCUGCCUCAGUUUGGCAUCUCCACUCCAGGGUCCGACUUGGACACUAACAUCAAGGGGCCACAAAUUGGUGGAGAACUAAAGGGGCCAGGUGUGGAUGUGAACCUGAAAGGGCCUCAGAUCUCAGCACCGGGCAUGAACUUCAAUUUGGAAGGACCAACAGUGAAGGGGAGCCUUGGGGCCACUGGCGAACUGAAAGGUCCCACAGUUGGAGGAAGUCUUCCAGGCAUCAGCAUUCAGGGCCUAGAAGGAAACCUCCAAAUGCCUGGAAUUAAGGCCUCUGGAUGUGAAAUGAGACUCCCGACUGGGCAGAUUUCUUCUGGUCCUGAAAUCAAAGGUGAUCUGAAAAGUUCAGGAAUAGGUCUCCACGGGGCUGUUCCUGAUAUCAGUGUAAAGGGGCCUUCUUUUAAUAUGGCAUCUCCUGAGUCAGAUUUUGGUGUCAGCUUGAAGGGCCCCAAAGUCAAAGGAGGUAUGGAUAUUUCAGGGGGUAUCAGCGCCCCUGACAUCAGCCUGGGUGAAGGGCAUAUGAGUGUCAAAGGCUCUGGGGCUGAGUGGAAGGGACCCCAAGUUUCCUCUGCUCUCAGCUUGGAUUCAUCUAAGCUAGCUGGAGGCCUUCAUCUCUCAGGACCAAAGGUAGACGCAGGUAUGAAAGGAGGUCAGAUUGGACUGCAGGGUCCUGGACUGAGUGUGUCUGGGCCUCAAGGUCACUUGGAAAGUGGAUCUGGAAAAGUAACAUUCCCCAAGAUGAAGAUCCCCAAAUUUACCUUCUCUGGCCGUGAGCUGGUUGGUAGGGAAGCUGGGGUGGAUGUCAACUUCCCUAGAGUGGAGGCCAGUGUGCAGGCUGGUGCUGGAGACAGCGAGUGGGAAGAGUCUGAAGUGAAACUUAAAAAAUCCAAAAUCAAAAUGCCCAAGUUUAAUUUUUCCAAACCUAAAGGGAAAGGAGGUGUUGCCGGCUCCCCUGAAGCAUCCAUUUCUGGGUCCAAAGGGGACCUGAAGAGCUCAAAGGCCAGCCUGGGCUCUCUGGAAGGAGAAGUAGAGGCCGAAGCAUCUUCACCAAAAGCCAAAUUCUCCCUGUUUAAAAGCAAGAAGGUAAGGCAGCGCUCCAGCUCUUUCAGUGAUGACAGGGAGUCCUCCGCACCAUCCACCCCAACCGGGACUUUGGAGUUUGAAAGCGGAGAGGUGUCACUCGAAGGUGGAAAAGUUAAAGGCAAACAUGGGAAGCUGAAAUUUGGUACCUUUGGUGGAUUGGGGUCAAAGAGCAAAGGUCACUAUGAAGUGACUGGGAGUGACGAAGAGGCAGGCAAGUUACAGGGGAGUGGGGUGUCCUUGGCCUCCAAGAAGUCUCGAUUGUCUUCCUCAUCUAGCAAUGACAGUGGGACUAAAGUUGGCAUCCAGCUUCCCGAGGUAGAACUGUCAGUGUCCACAAAGAAAGAGUAGCAGGCCUUUGUAUGUGUGUACAUAUAUAUGUAUAAAUACUACAUCAGCCUCGGGUGUGUUUGUAUAUAAACUCCAAAGAGAAACACCCCAACAGCCUCAGCAAUAAUGCAAAGACCUUGCCUCUAUCCGUGGCAAGUCCCGAAAAACCAACCGCCUUUCGGCUCCUGGAACUCUGCAACUAGGUAAAGAGUUCUGAGUUCAUCCAGCCCAUGUGCAAGGUCAACGGUAUUUGCCUUAAGAGUUCAGUUUUUUUGUUUUUUGUUUUGCAUUGAACGCUGAGAGCACUUGUUUACUAAGCAAGCUUUUGUGUUUAUUAUCCUCAUUUUUACUGAAUAUUGCUAGUUACUUGGGUAAUGGAAACCCAUUUUUUUCAUUGUAAUGACUUUUGGGGCUUUCAUUAGUAAGGGAGGGUGGGAUAACAGGCGGCAGAGGGGGCCAGAUCUUCAAUGCUCUGAAGAUUAGAGCUGUUCUAACGGUAGCACCCCGGCAUGACCCAGAAGAGGCGGCAGCCAGGGUGUGGGUGUUUUUCGAGCUCUGUAACGUAGCUCUUUCUCCCCAGGUGUGUUAGUUCCAGCCAGUUUGGUGCUCAAGGUGAGAGGGAAUUAGAAUCUGUUUGCAAAUUGUCCAACCUACCAGGUCAACAUUGAGGGGCUUCCAUUCUGUGUUUUGUAAGAAAAAAAGUUUUAUUCAUAACAGCCAUGUUUCUGAGAAAAGUUCUAAUUUCUUUUAACAAAUGUCAUCAUAACUAAGAAAAUCUCUGGCACUUUAAUGGCAAUUUAAUUGCGAAUGUAAGAAAGUUGAUGCUGUACAAGGCAAAUAAAGCGUUUAUUUACCCCGA